CUCUCCCUCCCUCCGGUCAACUGGAACUCAAAGAGUAAAUGUGUUUAAUAAAUAAUACUCCAGUAAUAACACGAGAUACGAAAAUGUUUUUAUUACAUUAGAUUUACUUAAUUAUGCAACGUAUUAGCCUCCAAUUUAAGGGGCAGGAAGAAAAGAAAAGGUUUUGUAACUAGAGUAAACCACUAAAUCCAAGUUAGAGUCUAGCUGAAAGGUCGUGCGCGCCUACCUCACCUGUAGGAUAGUAACUUUAUGGUUAAUGCAAACAUUAUAAACAUGCUGUUUAAGUUAGAUUAAAUACAUAAUUUAAUUGCCUCCUAAAGCAAGACGUUAUUUCCACAGCACAACAGACACUUGUCGAAGUCCGGCCGGCUACUUUCACGGCAAGCGAGUCAGGGUGAGCUAAAAAAAGUGCGGAAGUGACAUCAUAUUUUCCGGCCGUAUUCCGUAGACCGCUCAGUUAACCGGUUAAAAAAGUCCCAUGAUCCUUAUAAACCUCGAUUACAAGUUUACAAGUUACAACACGAUGGUGCCCGGCUACGACUAAUGAACAUCACCCUUUUUUGGUGAGACCGAAAAACACUCCUGCAAGCUUCUGAUCAAUGACGUCCAGUCGGACCACGCUACUGGGGGUGCGUCGAUUGGCCAGUGGCACCUGGGCUCAUGACAACAACUGUCAGGUUUCAUCCAAUCCCCAGCCUCCCUGGUUUCCAUGCACUGUUUGUGAAUUACGUCAUAAGCAGAGAAUUAAGAUCGUAUCUGUCAAUGGAACCUACAACACUGUCAGUCGCCACCUUGAGGCAGAUUUGCAACAUCUCUUCAUUCCCUGUCUGGUUUCACACUUCUACAAAACACAAAGAAUGUAUAGGUACACCCGCCCCACGUAAUGUACUUUCUACAAAUUUUGUAUUGCUCAACUUUGCAUCAGCUCACGACAAAGUAAAAUGGACAAAAAGCAGUACUUAUCAUCAAUGGAGAACAUGGACCCUGCGUUAUCGGAGCUCGCAGAGGAAUUUUCUCUGGGCGAUAUCGAUGAGAUGCUUCAGUUUGUCAGCAACCAAGUAGGAGACUUCCCUGACAUCUUUGAAGAUCAGUAUCUCAGAGGCUCUGCUAAGAAUGGGGGAGCAGAUGCUCCACAGCCAGCCACCCCUGCUCCUCCUCCAGCCGCUCCUCCGCCCAGCCUCACAGUGACCACCGUCCAGUGCCUCAACCCUCCCCAAGCCCCCGUCCAGGUCGUGGCCCCCAAGCCGCUGCCGGUGCGGCCCUCUCCUGUCCUCCACCCACGGCCUCAGUCCAUCCUGCGCCUGCAGCCUCAGCAGAUCCACAAGGUGGCGCUCCAGACACAGACAGUCCCGACUCACAGCCCAGGGUUUGCUGUGCAAACGCAGCCUGUGCCACUUCAGGGCCACGCCCAGGCUCAGACGGUGAUGUUUGCCCCCAGCCUGACCACGGCCUCCCAGCCCCAGUUCAUCCAGAACUCUGUUGUCUACCACCAGAGUCCCACUCCUGGUUUCCAAGUUCUACAGCCACAGGUGCAGAACAUCGUUGCAUCACCACAGGUGCAGCAAAUGGCAUUCCAGCAUCAGGGAGUCCUGACUCCGGGCGCUCCGACCAUCCAGACUGUGACCUCAGCUCAGCCGGUGCUACACGCGGUACCACAGCACAUACAGCAGCUCCCGGUCCUGCUGCACCAGCCCCAAAUAAUAAAGACAGACUCUCUUGUUCUCACAACUCUGAAACCUGACGCAACACAGGUUUUACCCACCAUGCAUAACCCACCUGGUAUCACUGCACUGACUACCCCCAUCCAGACCACCUCCCUGCAAGUUCCGACCCUAAUGAGUAGCAAUAUCCUAACCACUCUACCGGUAGUGGUGGGCGGUGGAGACAAACAGAUGUCACCAGUGAUGUGCCAGGGUGGGAACAUUGCCAUGGCGACGCAAGACCAAGGAUCUGGGCUGGGGGUGAGCCUAGGGUCAGGGGUCGUGAUGGAGGGCGAGAGGAAGACCACGCACAACAUCAUUGAGAAGCGGUACCGCUCCUCAAUUAACGACAAGAUCAUCGAGCUGAGAGACCUGGUUAUGGGGAACGAUGCCAAGAUGCACAAGUCGGGGGUCUUGCGGAAGUCCAUCGAUUACAUUAAGUACCUUCAGCAAGUCAACCGUAAAUUACGCCAGGAAAAUAUGACCCUCAAGAUGGCCAAGCAGAAAAGCAAGUCAAUAAGCCGGGUUGAGAAUGUGCUGAUGAAGCCAGAAAGGGUAACAAUGUCCCCACCUUUCUCUGACUCGGACUCAAACUCCUCAUGCCAGUUGUCCCCAUACUGCGUUGACUCUGAGUCAGGGACUCCUCUGUCGGAGCACGAUCUGGUGAAAAAUGAGCCAGACUCGCCGGCCUCGCUGGCAGUGUUGGACCGCUCUCGCCUUCUCCUCUGCUGCCUCACCUUCCUCUGCCUGUCCCUCAAUCCUCUCCCCUCACUCCUCAGAUUUGGGGAGCAGGGUAGGGUGAGCUGGCCCUCAUUAGGAGAUGGGCACGGAUCCUCUAGGGUGGUACUGAGUCAUCCCGAUCAAAACCCGACCUUCACUGGCUGGCUCUGGAAACUCCUGCCCUGGGUGUGCAUGUGGCUGCUGAGUGGCGUGGGAGCCGUCUGGGGCUGCGUCAGGGUGCUGUACCUCUGGGAGCCGGUCACCCCCCUGCACUCGCCCAAGUCCUUCUGCUUCUGGAGGCACCGCAAACAGGCCGACCUGCACUUGUACAGGGGCAACUACUCCUCCGCAGAAGCCAGCUUACAGACCUGCCUGUCUCUCCUGUCCAGGACCCUUCCAACUAACCAUCUUGACUUGACCUGUUCGCUCUGCUGGAAUGUGAUUCGCUACUGCCUGUUCUGGCCGCCCCCCUUACGUCAACUGGUUCUCUGGAUUGGAGGGGACCGUGAGUGGGAGGAGUCUCAGACCAGCUUCAGGGACGCAGCUCUGGUGUAUCACAGUCUCAGCCAGCUUCAGCUCACAGGCAUGCUGCCCCAGCACGGUGCCUUGUGGGGACUCUGCCUGUCCCUCAACGCUGUGAAUCUGAGUGAAGGUGCCCAGGGGAAGGUGUCUCCGGGCCAACAGGCAGAAAUCUACGUCAACGCGGCCAUCGCCCUCAAGGCCACACUGGGGCGCCGCUGCUCCUUUCUGCCUGCUUAUAUGCUGAGCCGUGCACAGAACACGGCCUGUCAGUCAGACUCCAGGCCCCACCCCGAUUGGCUGCACUGGCUCUUCACGCCAUUGGGAAGACAGUUCUUCCUGAGCUGUGAUUGGUCCGUCAGCUCCAGCAGCCUGGAGGACAUGUAUACUUCUGAGAGAGGCCCAGCGGACUCCAUUUCCCAGCUGCACCGGUGUUUCUGUCAGAAGCUUCUGGAGCGAGCUGUGUGGGCGCUCAUCCAGCCCCGCCCCCAAAUGGCCGUGCAGGAGAAUGACAGCGGGGAGACCUUCAAUGCCUUGGAGCAUCUUCAGCUGCUGGACAGCUGCACAGAGGAGACGCGCACAUCCUCUCCAGCCGUCUCCUUCUCACCCGCAGUUGCAGACCCUGUGUGCAGGUGGUGGGUGGCUGUGCUGAAGGCGGCUUCCCAUUGGCUGCAGGGUGACGAUGUGGCCGCGAGCAUGUCCCUAGCAGGUGCCGAGCGCAUGCCCAGAGUGCUGCACGAGCUCAGCCAUCCUUUACCCAAAGCCGUACUGCAGAUGUGUAAGGCUGCACGGCUGAGCCUGACCGUGCCGAGGGGCAAGGGGGCCCUGGCGUGCCUGUCCCACUGUGAUCAGGCCGGUGGGCAUCUCUGGGCCGGCAGUUCCGUGUCUCUGAUUCACACUGGCGACAGGCUCAGUAAGGGGGUGGAGCUCCUGGUGUGUGACUUCCUGCUCACCCUGAGGACCAUGGUGUGGCAGCGUGGCUGUGUUCCUGGUGGCGAUCCAGACCCUGUUUCCUCCUACCAGCUUGCUGGCUUCCAGAGGGACCUCAGCUCAAUGCGCCGACUGGGCCAGAGCUGCAAACAGGCACAGGGCAAGCUGUUUCUGCACGAGACGACGGUGCGGCUGAUGGCGGGGGCCAGUCCCAUGCGCACUCACCGGCUACUGGACCACACCCUGAGGCGGGCUGCUCCCUCCUGCAGCUGCGGUGCAGAGGGUGCCCUGGGUGAGCAGGAGAGGGCCCGUGCCAUCCUACUGGCCUGCAGCCACCUACCUGUGCCACUGCUGCCCCCUCCAGGGCAGGGAGCGCGGCUCCUGGCGGAGGCCAAGCGCACAUUGGAGCGCACGGGGGACCGGCGCUCCCUGCGCGACUGCCAGCGGGUGCUGCUGCGGCUGGGGGGGGGCACCGCCAUGGCCGCCUCUUGACUUCUGCUUCAGAAGAACUUCCUCCUUCAUGACACUGCAGGAAGUGUUGCACUCACGACACCAUCAAACUCACUGUGCAUAUAGGCUUGUGAACACCCAAAGGACGGGUGGUGGUGGUGGUGGUAAACGGGUGGGGGGGGCACGGGGGAAUGAGUAAAAAUCAUUGGGAGGUCAGAAGACUUCCAUCGCCCUCCCAGUGGUCUCUGGGAGGCUCUCAGUUGCCCAGGCUUCCCCCCCCAAACACAGCUCAGAUUCCUGCUCACAGUCCCAACUGAUCAUUCAAGUGUGACAAAGCAGUUUGUCCAUUCUGGUCUGCAGCCACAGAAAUUCAGCUCAACGAAAUUUAAUUCGGAGUAAAAAACUUCAGCUCAAAAUUACUGCACUAAGCUGUCCGAGUCAUUGCAUUAACACAUAUCAAAGACAUGGCAUAACAGCCAUGGAUACUGAAGGCAGAUUUAUAAAGUUGGUAAGUUUAAUUAUAUAUGAAAAUGCAGGAAAGUAUUACAGGGGAAGAGAAUGGAUCACAUCUGCACAUGUCUGCCUGGAUAAUGUUCUGUAACCUUCUAUGAAUUACGGGUCUGCUGACCAAACCAAAUGCACUUGAAUGUCUCCAUUUUGGUGUUGACCUUAGACACCCUCAUUUAAAUGAUCAUUUAAGGCCCGACAGUGUUUCAAUCAAAUGAGAAGGAUGUUCUAAAAAAUUAGGUGACAGUUGGAGCUUCGUGCAAUGUGUAGUCUUCCUUUUUGUAUCAUUAAAGCAGAUGUACCAGGCUGUAUAGUUGUAGCAGAAUAUCAUGGGGGGUUUUGCAGUUGUCAUGUCCUUUUCUGUUUGAUUUCUUGAAUAGCUGAAUUUGAAAUUAGAAUUAAGCACUUGGAUUUGAUACAAAGUGUAAAAGUACUUUUUUUAUUAUCCAAUAUAUUUUGAUUUUGGAAAGAGACGAAACGUUAGCUUUUCUGUGAUUUUUAAAGACAAACGCUAUACUUUUGUAAGCUGAGUGUAACCCACCUGCCAAUCAGCAGUUUACUGGAGACAACAUUAUUUUGGUUUAGUGUUUGUGGCGGAGCACUGACACCUACAGGCAGAACUGCCACAGUGCAGUUGUGCUUCUUAAACCUGCCUCUGGUGGGCGCUGGCCUGUGCAGGGUUUGCAGCUCUUUUGUAUAUACAAGGUAUGAGCAAUAACAGCAUGAAGAGCAGCACCUAAAUGUCAUAUAUUGGCAUAAUAAUUACAACACAUGCUUCAGUGCUCAGACACACUGAAAAACCAGGCAGUCACUGUAGCCACUAGGGGCAGGGUUGAGAAUUACAGGGCUAUAGAAUCACAGGGCUCUGUUUUCAGUUUCCCUGUCUGUAUGUAAUUGUUUUGUGUCUGUCUUUUAUUCUGAUGUUAUUAUUUAAAUUGUUUUUAAAUAAAAACGGAAAA